GGACGUGUUUGCGGGGGUACGGAAGGAAAAAAAAAAGGCACACCACAGACACGUCCUAUAGACAUCACACCGGCAGGCAGGCAAGAGCGAAGGAGUUCGCGACUGCUUACUGCGGGCGGAGCCAGACUGAUGGGCGAAGACGGCGGGAGGCGCUGAGCUAGAGCCGGGUACCAGCCAGAGAGGAAGGAGCCAAGGACGAGAGUGCGCUCCGAGGCUCUCGGCGAGAGAGCCAGAGAAAGCGCAUCCCUACGCCGCCCCCUCCAGUGCCUUCCUCAGUGGCCGGGCUCGCCCGCCCCGCGCAGGAACCCAAAGAUGCCCCGAGGAUUUCUGGUGAAAAGAAACAAGAAGUCCACGCCCGUCUCCUACCGGAUCCGCUGCUGCGAGGACGGCGACCGGGAGCUGCUGCUUUUCUCCAGCUGCGGCGGCAGCGGCGGCUCCUCCCCACCCCUCCCCGGCUCCGAGCGGGCUCCGGCAGCGCUGCUGGCUGGCGCGCCCCCGGCCCCGCUGCUGCUGCCCCCGCCGCUGCCGCUGCCUCCCCGGGAGCUGCCCGCGCCGCCGCCGCCGGCCGCGGGCCCCAAGCCCGUGCAGUUCGGCAACCCCGAGGCGGUCUACCCGGCGCCACUGUACAGCCCCACGCGGCCCGUGAGCCGGGAGCACGAGAAGAAGAAGUACUUCGAGCGCAGCUUCAACCUGGGCUCGCCGGUUUCCGCCGAGUCUUUCCCCACACCCACAGCCUUGCUGGGCGGCGGGGGCGGGGGCGCGGGCGGGGGCGCCAGUGGGGGGGGCACCUGCGGCGGGGACCCCCUCCUUUUCGCCCCUGCCGACCUCAAGAUGGGCACCGCCUUCUCCUCGGUCGCCGCCGCUGCGGCCGGUGCGGAAGCUGGGGGCGGGGGCCGGGGCGCCGGUAGCCACCACCCGCCAGCCGGCAACCUGCUGGCGGUCCCCGGCCCUGCCUCCGUUGCCGCCGCCGCCGCCGCCUCCCUGCGGCACCCGAGUAAACGGCCUGCGCCCGCGCCAACGGCGGAGCCCGGUGCUCCUGCGGCCAAGCCGGCCAAAGCGCCGGCCGCCAAGAAGCCCAAGGCCAUCCGCAAGCUGCACUUCGAGGACGAGGUGACCACGUCGCCUGUAUUGGGCCUCAAGAUCAAGGAGGGCCCUGUGGAGCCCCCCAAAGGCCGGGCCGGGCUGGGGGCAGCCGGCGGGGCCGCGGGGGGCGGCGGCGGCGCGGGCGGCGGCGCGGGCGGCGGGAGCGUUGGCGGCGGCGGGGGCCGGCCUCUGGGCGAGUUCAUCUGCCAGCUGUGUAAGGAGGAGUACGCUGACCCCUUCGCCCUGGCCCAGCAUAAGUGCUCCCGCAUCGUGCGCGUGGAGUACCGCUGCCCCGAGUGCGACAAGGUCUUCAGUUGCCCCGCCAACCUGGCCUCCCACCGCCGCUGGCACAAACCCCGGCCCCAAGCCGCUGCCGCCGGCGGCCACCACGCUCCGGGGACCGGCGCCGCCGCCGCGGGCACCUUGGCUCCGCCAGCCGGGGGCGCCCGAGCGGCCGAGGGCAAGAGCAGCGCGGACGAGGUUCUGGCCAAGGCGGGGGUGGGGGGCGAACCGAAGGAGGCGGGCGGCAGCGACCGAGACACGCCUAGCCCCGGGGUGUCGGAGUCGGGCUCUGAGGAUGGGCUGUACGAGUGUCACCACUGCGGAAAAAAGUUCCGUCGCCAGGCCUACCUGAGGAAGCACCUGCUGGCGCAUCACCAGGCUCUGCAGAACAAGGGAGCGCCGCCGCCCCAAGCCCCGCCGCCGCCGCCCCUGCCAGCCCAGCCCGACGACCUGCUGGUCUACCCCAGUUAUCCCGCGUCCGAAGGCUUGCAGCCCCUGCCACCAACCGAGAAGGCGGGGAAGGAAGUUGGGGGCGAAGGGGAAGUGUCGAAUCCCCUCAACAUGAGUGCCCCCGCCGAAUGCCAUCUGUGCCCUGUGUGCGGGGAGACCUUCCCCAGCAAGAGCGGCCAGGAGCGCCACCUCCGCCUACUGCACGCGGCCCAGGUGUUCCCCUGCAAAUACUGCCCGGCCACCUUCUACAGCUCGCCGGGGCUUACGCGGCACAUCAACAAAUGCCACCCCUCGGAGAACAGACAGGUGAUCCUGCUGCAGGUGCCUGUGCGUCCCGCCUGCUAGACAGAGUCUGUUCAGCACCGCCGCGGGGAGAGCAAGGAGAGAAAAGGAGAAGGAAAGGGAAAAAGAGGAAGGAAAAGGAAAAAAAAGCUUACCCCUCUCUCCCGUCAGAAACAACCACCCCCGCCCCCGCCCCGAUAGAUAGCCCCACUCCCCAGCCCCUCAAGAAGUGUGCCUUCGCUUGUAGAACCACAAAGAGACUGUGAGCCCCGUCCGUCGGUCCUUCAGUCCAUCAAUCUGUCCCCAGCCCUUCCCCUCUUGCUCCUCCCCAAACUGCUUUUUAGCGUUCGUGAAUGAAACGCGCUGGUGGUGAAAACUGAAACGUGAAAAGUGUUGUCUUGAUCUCGUAGCGUGCUGGUAACCAACUCUUCACCCCAUCCUCUCCCCAACCCCGUUGUGAUUUAUUUUUUUUUUCUCCUUGAUUUUCUCCAAGUUAACUUGUUCUCGUAAGAGCUGGUUUAUUUCUGUUAAGAGAGAAGAAAAAACUGUACCCUUUUGUCUCCUCGUUGGUAUUCCUCCCUAACCCUUCUCCUUUGCCCCUUCCCUUUGGAUUUUCUGGAAGCUCAAAAUAUGUACCUGCUGAAUCCUUUUGAAAAACAACUGUUUUUACUGUUAGUGUUCGAUGUGUUGACGGUCUCUAGAAAGUCUCCGUUUUUUCUUCCUUUCUACCCAUCUCUACUCUUUUCUCUAUAUGUAUUUAGCCUACGGGUUGUUUUUAGUCAAUCUUAAGGAAUAAUGCCUUUAUACUUCACAGGCUGUAAA